UCAUAUUACAUUUGUAAUCGUUUAGGUAGAAUAACAGUUAUGUUUUUUUAGGGAAACCUGCAUAUCUGAAUAAAACUGAAGACAUAGACUGGGUUCCUACUAAGAAUCUAAAAACUCAACCAGACAAUGUUCCGUCAUCAUUGAAUUCAAGUGUUCUAUCUACUGAUGUAACUGGCUCAUUCCAAAGUAGAAACGAAGAAGUAUCUACAUCAACUGCAGGAUAAUGGAAAUGAUUCAAUGGACGAGAGCUCUAUGACUGAUGGUCCUUUACAGUCAACAUUCAUUGAACCAAAUAACAUCACUACUUAUGAGGAAUGUUUGUCUCAGCUGAAGGCUGUCCUUGAUUUUUUUCUUUCAAAAGGUGUCGAAAAUCCUAAUAACAAGACUUUAUCUGAACUAUCCCUUUUAAUACAGCUUCAAAAAGAAAACUCAAUGUCAAAUACUGAAUGCGAUUCUUAUGAAUGUAACACACCAAGUAAGGAAGUGGUAGACAUUGACCAGCUUCAAGUUCUUCAACGGUCGUUUGAUGACGUGACAAGAAAACUAGACGAUUCCUUACAAGAGGAAGUUUUGCUACGACAAAAAGUUGAUUUGCUGGGAAAAGUAUUAGAUGACGAAAAGCUUAUUAACAAAAUUAGGAACAAGGACCAGAUGACUAAGUACUACACGGGAUUACACUCGUGGUGCCUAUUCGAAAUAAUCUUUGAACUUAUUCUACCAGGCAUAGAACAUUGCUCAAUGUUGUACAAAAAAAGUCUUUCUUACGAAGAGCAGUUUUUGUUGGUUUAUGCGAUUAAGACUUAACUUAGGGCAGCAAGAUCUAGCAUAUAGAUUUAAAAUAUCAGUAGGUACAGUGUGUAAAUAUAUCGGUAAAUGGAUUGACGUAAUGUAUGUCCGACUUUCAAAGAACUUCAUGGUGUGGCCUGACCCUCAAACUAACAAGCGCACAAUGCCAUCUUUUUUCAAAAGAAAGUUUCGAAACUGCAUAGCUAUUAUUGAUUGUUUUGAAAUUCCAAUUGAAAGACCAAAAAAUUUACUUGCGCGUUGUUCAACCUAUUCUCACUACAAAAGUCGUCCUAC